GUCCACCCUCUCUCUGCCUAUGGCCCAUCUUAUCACGUGAUCAAGUUAGUGAUGACGUUUCCAAACUUCUCUCGGAAGAAGAAAAUGGCGGAUCCGGCAGUGGGUCCGAAAGAUAUCGCUGCUAUCUUCAAGCGUUUAAAAUCUCAGCCAGACAACAAGGUAAAUAUUUCAUUAGUGAAAAUUUGAUUGUCUUGUCCUCUCGUGUAUGGCUUAAAGUUUCUGAUUUGUUUUCAGACUUGCUUUGAUUGCGGACACAACAAUCCAACGUGGGCAUCAGUAACCUACGGGGUAUUUCUUUGCAUUGACUGUUCGGCUGUUCAUCGAUCCCUUGGUGUUCACUUAACGUUCAUAAGGUAGAGGAAACAAUAUUAAGUUUGUGUUUUAUUGUUCCUUCUUAUUCUAUCGGUCGUUUGUGAGAAAAAAGCACAUCGAUUCCAUGAUCAUUCGUACUUGGGAUAAAGCUUGAUCGAUCAUAAGUUCCUUAAGCUUAUGUUUUUUUAAAAGUUUACGUGAUCUCUUAAUGGAUGAUAUUUAACUUUGUUUUAUUCAAUUUUUGAAGAUCAACACAACUGGAUACAAACUGGACAUGGCUACAGCUGAGGGCAAUGCAAGUUGGUGGCAACGCGAAAGCGGUGAGCGCUUAUGAAUUGUUGAGAAAACAAGAUUUUAAAAAUUCUUGUGGAGUUCGUUCACGGAACAAAAUCGGUUGUUAACCAAUUUAUCCUUUAUUUCGACUGGCCUUAAGAUUAGUUAUAAAAGAAUUCUUAGGGGUUAUUCUAUGGAAUCUUUCGUGUCAAGUCAUUUUGUACUCUCGAGAGGGCCAUUACGUGAUGCUGAUUUUUGUUAGCGAAAUCUUGAUUUCUUGGUUAAAUCAAGCAUAAUGAUUUAGUUUUCGUAUUAUUUUCCUAGAGUCACUGUUUUGUUUUCUUUUCUUGAAAAACUGACAGUAAAUUCAUUAUUUCAUUCAUGGUAAGCGACAUCUUGGUCGUUAAAUCAGCUGUUCUGUUUUUAUUCCAUUUUGAUAACGAAAUUGGUUCUUUUCUUCAAAUGACCUGUUGACCAGUGAAAAAAAAAAUGAAAUAUUAAUUUAGGUGGAAUCACUUCCACUGAGUUUUCUUUAAAGCUGGCUUCCUUGCUCUGAUAUCAGACCUGAAAUAACACAGUAUUUUUUGUUUGGUUACCACAAUCUGCUCAAAGUCUCAACUUUGAUUGGAAUUAGGGGGACCUUUAAAUAAGUUAAGAGGUUUUUGUAUUUAUGAAUGAAUCAAGGGGUUACUUUCAAAUGAUUCUGAUGAGCAAAAAAGUUGACAAAGUAUAAUGUCCAGGGCAAAAACUUCGAAAACUGAUAUCUUAAUUAAGCCCCAGUCCCUCACUAUGUUGAAAAUAUUGCUCAAAACAUCAGCUUUUAAAUCUCUUUACGGCGGAAAAUGUACUUUAUGAGUUGGUAGCACCAAGUUUCAUUUUUCCUUGAGUGUUCCAAAGAAAUCACAAAAAUUGAAAGUAACCCAAAAGUACUACUGAGGCUCCGUCCACCCGUAUCCUAUCCAGGUAUUUUUAUAACUGCAACUUGAGGGAUGUCACUAUGAUUUCAAGUUGCUGGGUAAAUACAACAAGUAGGUGGGGAAUAAAGCAGCCAGAGAUUUCUUUUGGUUCAAUUUUUCUUCUAUUUUUCUAUGAAAGAAGCCGGGGGCCACGUUCCUGGUAGCCUGGGGAAAUCCCCCUGCCUCUUAACGACAGCCGUUAACUUUUUCUUUACGGAUUUGGCUUUCAUCCACACAUACAUGUAUCUGGCAAAUUGGACACACAAAUCUGCAACUUUUUGAAUCUGCUCACCUGAGUGGAAAUUUUUGAAUAUGCUAUAAAUCUGGAAUCGUGUGGAUGCUAAAUUUCAAUAUUAUUUUUUAUCCAGUUACAGAAGAAGAUCGAGCCCAGUUCUUUGCCGUGAAUAUUUAGAUGGCUGCUUUAUUGCUCCUUUACUUCAUGGACUUAUCUGAAGUCUGAUACUGUGUAAAGUUAAAUCUAGCUAUGAUUACUGUACACCUCAAUAUUAUGCCAAAUGGCAGCUUGACAUUCUAAAGUGUCAAGACAGACAAAUUGGAUGCCAUAAACAAGUUAAACCUGAGCUGACUAGAGCUUUGUGGAAAAAUUUUGUCAGCUAAACAGUUAUUGAAGAAGAAUGUUGAGACAAAUUUUUGCAUGAGCUGGAGGACCCUUUACAAAUAAGCUGACAAACUGUGAGUGAUUCCGGAUCCAUGUAGACGGGCAAAUUGAAUUUGAAUACGCUAUGUGUGGACAUGGAAAUUUUUUAAUCUGCAAAGAAAAAUUUGUGGAUUCAAAAAAUAUCUGGAUAUACCGUAAAAUUCCGAAAAUAAGCCCCGGGGCUUAUAUUUUUCAAAGGCCCUUUUUGAGGGGCUUAUUUUUGGAGGGGCUUAUAUUCAGAGGGGUUUAUCCACGGAGGGAAAUUUGCGUUUCAAAAUCGAUUGGGCUAGCCAUAUAGUUGGAAGUAAAUUUACCGUUUUUUGCUUUGUUAUACUUUGUAUUUGAGAGCAAUUUUCCAAGUAAAAGCCCCCGGGGGGCUUAUAUUUAGAGGGGCGAUUUAACGGAGGGUUUUUUGCAUUACCGGUUUGGGGGGCUUAUAUUUGGAGGGGCUUAUACAUGGAGGGGCUUAUUUUCGGAAUUUUACGGUAUGUGGAUGGGGCCUGAAAAUGUUAGGGUUAGAAAUUAACGGGCAUCCAGUCAUCAGGGAACAUCAGAAAUUGAUAGUGACAACCAAAUCAUGGAACAUGGUUGUCCCCUGGAUGACUAGAAUUAAGCGGCCUGCUACCUGAAGAUAUAAACAGUUAUUGAAAGACCCAAAAAUUAUAAUCCUAAGUCAACAUUUCUGCUUGACACAUGGUACUGUGUAAUAAUUAUCAAUCCAUUCGUUUACGAUUUGUACAAAUGUCCGUACAUGAACGUUCUUAUUGUACGCCAUCUUGUUUUGCAUUUUACUGCUGUGUAGUAACACCCAAGCUCCAAAAAAUUCACAGAUGUACAGCUGUAAAUGCCAAAUCAUUGUGGAUUCACCCAAAUGGAUCAGUUUGUUUUGACCAGGGUGGAUAAUAUUCCAAUAUUUUUGCACAUCUGGUAAAACCAAAGAGAUUCAAGGAAAACAAAAAGAAGAAUCAAUCGUUUCAGAAGAACAGACUGGUGAAGAAAUUUCAGUCAUCGCCUUGGGAAGCAACAAAACUCGAACUGAGGCAGAAUACUCUAAACCUCAACAGAACUCACGGAUUAAAAAAUAAUAGUCUAGAUACAGUGGAAAAGUAGUGAACCAUGGCUAACUAGCUAGCAGCAAGUUCACAGUGACAAAAUCAGUUUUAAUCACAUUAAUUAGCUCUUGAAUUAAAUACUACACUAUACCAUGGUCCACCAUAGAUUUAUUUGGCACCUAGAUUUCACCUUGGAUGGCUAGAUGCUGAAAAAUGGUUGUCCAAAGGGUGACCUACUAUUUUGAAUCCUGGAUGUUUCAUUUAAAUUGUGAUACCUUAAGAUUUCAUCCACAUACUCAAAAGUUAGAACUGCAUUCUAGUAGAUAAAUAGUAUCUUGUGAAAGGUCUCUUGAAAAGGUUCAUUUUACAGAAGUAAUGGUCAGACCAGAGUAUUUAAUGCACAAAAUUUAUAGUUAGAACAAUUAUACAACUGCAUAGCAGGCAUUUCAAUAAAAAGUGAAUUAGCCAGCAAGUUUGAAUAGGGUAACCUAUCAAAAAAGGGCUGCCGGCCCUCUUCUUCUCAGGGGAGUCUAGGGGUGUGCUUGGAGUGUGCUCCCCCAGAAAAAUUUUAUAAUCUUUGAAAGCCGUAAAAUGCAAUUUUCAGCAUUCUGUGUACUAAAUUUAGUAAAAGAAAGAUAUACAUUAGCAAGAUUUUUAUCAACAGCAGUGAUUUUUAUUUUGUCAAUGCUGAUCAGUAGUUAAAUUAAAGUUUUGUCUGAAUCGUUCUUUAAUACUUGUUUCCUAGCCUCAAUUAUUGGGUGAAAAGUAACCAACUUCUCUGAGCAAAGUAGCUGACACGUUUCGUCGGUCGUCGGUGCUUAUUGAAACCCCUGAAUAGAAAAGGCUGAUUGCCCAGUUUUCUCCUUGUUACAUUUAUGUAUGAAAAUCAAAAAGUUGUGGAAAUAGUAUAGGCUCUUACAGUGACCUGUUGUUGUUUUAUUUCCUUACUUUCUUCCCUUUUUGAAUGUACAUGUAGUGUUAAACUGGCCUGAAAAUUUUUAUAGUGAAUUAAACAGAGUCCAUUGUAAGUAUUUCUGUGUGUUUUUGUGUUUCUUAGAAUGCCUUCUUUAGGCAGCAUAACCUUUCAACUGAGGACUCCUCCGCCAAGUACAGAAGGUAAGUGAUGCAGUUAGAAUUAGAGCGGUUUUCACUUGACUGUCGAAAGGGAUUGGUUUUGGUUUUGGUUUUGGUUUUACUAUGCCCUUUGGUUGGCUAGUGUAUUUACUUUGGUUUUGGUUUUACGACAGUCAAGUGAAAACCGCUCUAUCAGUUUUAUUGUUUGGUUUUACAGAAUGAUGAUAGGAACCAAAGCACUUUAUGGGCAUCAGCAUGGCCUUCAGAGGCUAUUCAUAAAAUGGAGGAAUUCUUUUUUAAAAAAUGAAGUAAACAUUAUGUGAAACAAACAUGUAUUUGUGUACCAAGAGUUAGUUUUUUUGGUUAUGCUUAACUCAUUAUAGUCUGAAUUUGUUUUGAAGGUGAUAAAUUUUGAUUAUUCUUCUCCUCAUUAUUAAUGUUUUAACAGCCGUGUGGCACAAAUGUAUAGAGAGAAGUUGGCCACCCUAGCAGCGAGAGCACUACAGCAAUACGGGACACAGGUAUUUUGACAUUUGUCAUUUGCACGAACAUGUAUACUUUACUAUGAAUAAAUGCUAGACAGGGCUGUCACUAAUGGAUACGGGCAAGGGAUUUCUACCAGCUACUAUAGUCUGUAUAAGGAUGACCCCUGGCUACUGUCUUUCAUUUGAAAGAAAAGAAAAUAGAACGAGAAUAACUUCCUAGCUGUUCAAUUCCUCGUCCACUAAUUGCAUAUCUUUGGUGACAUCGCUGGCUUGAAGGUUCAAGGGUACUUCUCGCUGACAACAACAAUAAUCUUUAUUUUCCUUUUUUAAGUUUCACAAAAGUGCACUGACCCACAGGUAGCUAGAGCUUAUCUUGGCGGGCCAGUCAAUUUACGUGUAGGGAAUAAUUUUUAUUCUUUUAUGUACUUGUUUGUCUAUAAGUUGGUUUUCAAAUAAAAUUCUUUAAACAUUCCAGCUUCAUUUAGAUGGACAUCAUGGACCACAGUCUCCAAAUUCCCCUGAUCACAAGGAGCAUGAUUUUUUCAAGGAAGUAGAAAGUCAGUCUUUUGCACAAACUGUCACAAUACCAACUAAUGGUACCAAUGGAAAGAAUGGAAAUGGUUCUGGUAAGUGUCAGUACAUGAUAUGUAUAGCAGGGGCGUAGCCAGAUUUUUCACUAUGUGUAGGCCUGGCUGACUUUCAUUUCCACAUAUCCUGAAAGCUGCAUUCAUGACUAGUCUGACCUCACCAACUGACUUUGACCUCUUAAACUUUUUUGCUCACUCCAACAAUGCGUAAUCAAACCAACAAUUUAUAGGCCUGGGGCUACGGGUCUAUGAGCUGGCUACGCCCCUGGCAGUAAAGUUGCCUGGUUAGCUAAAGUGUGAGUAUUAGAUUGACGGGAUGAUUGCUUCAGCAAGGUGACAGAAAAUACAUGUAUUGUAUAAUUUUAUGCAAGGUUCUUUUUUCAGCUCUUUCAUAGGGCAGGAAAAAACCCAGGUCUGAUUGCCCGGGGCAAGUAAAACUAGAGCUUUGGUGGCCCAGUGGGCAAGUUAAAUCAGCCUCAGUUGUCCUGUGAGUCUGUCCAUCAGCUUGGUAAAUGAUUCCUUUCAGACAAAAACUGCAUGUAUUUCAAAACUAAAGGUAUUUCAAAACUAAAGACUCCAAGAUGAGUGACCCAAUUACAUGUAGCUGAAAGCAUGAAUCAAUUUAAAAUCUCAGUGCAUGUUUGCUUGCUUGUGUUAUUCCUCCAAUCACGGUACUGGUCAAAUCCAGUAGUUACUCUGAAUUUGGCACAUUAUUUAAAGUACUAGUAAUUUUGUAGACAGUACCAGUGAACUAUAGAUGAUACUUGAGGCAUUGUGUUCCCCUGGGCAAGAAAUAUUUAUGUUUGGGGAAGUGAAAAAUGACAUGUUCUUACCCACUGGGCAAGUGGAUUUAAAUUUUUUCCUGCCCUGUUUCAAUCACAUUCAAGUACUUACAGAUACUUACUUACUUACUUAUGGCAGUAUAAACCUACACUGUUUUCAACAUUCUUUCAUAUUUCUUUCUCUACAGCUAACAAUCUUCACCUAAACAUGGAGGGCUUGAGUGUAUCUCCACCAAAGAAUCAAGGUAUGUGUACAUUUUUAAAUUCUAUUGUUUAAAACAUACCCUUCCAGCAGUAGCAUGGCCAAGUGCCCAGUAUUUUUUGCCCUUUAAGUUGCAAUAGUGACCAAAAUCAAUUUUCUCGUAACAUUGUCCAUGCAACUUCAAGUAAAUAGGCUAUGAGAAUUAAUAAAACUUAGGAUCACCAAGGAAAAAAUGCUUUGUUUUUUUUGUCAAAUUCUCUCAACUACAGUACAGUGGAACCCUGUUAAUAUGGUCACCAAUGGGUCCAAAAAAACUGGCUGUACUAACAGGGUUGCUGUAUUACUGGGGCAAGGUCAAAUUUCAAGACUAAGGCCCUAAAUGACAAAUACACCGUACAUCACAUUCACACUUUGUGUACAACUGUGUUCUCUUAUUAAAAAAUGCAUAACGUAAUCGUACAAACUACUUGAAAAUUUCCUUCAGUACAUAAAACACUGGUAAAAAUUGGCAUUAGGCCGCCACAAAAUGCAUCGUAGAAACUCAGCUUACUAGGAACAAAUUGGAAUUGACACAUCACAGGCAUUUCAAUAUUCAAAAUUUCUGGCAAGUGGCCAUAUUAACAAGGUGAAAUUGUAAAAGAUUCUACUGUUUUUGGAUUUUAAAAUGUGGCCAUUGGCGGUAUUAACUGUUGACCGUAUUGGCGAGGGUUUUUUAUGGGAAAAAGUAUAGCUGUUUUGCUGGGCCAAAAAAAGUGGCUGUAAUAAUGAGGUGACCAUAUUACUGAGGUGGCUGUAAGGCAGGGUUCCACUGUAUUUCUCGGUGGAAAUGUAUGGAGAACUUUCAGACUGGAGCAUUUGCAUGAGGAUAUUGUAGCUUAAAGGGAUAAUUCAGUAGCUCUGGAUUUGAGCUAUUCCCUGGCUAUCAGCUGGGUUUGUUUCAGCAUGUCCUUAAGACAAAGAGGGCUCAAUUUUAACUGACACAAGGUCCUUGCAUCCUUAUCUAAGUUUAUGACUUAGUAAGAAGAUGACUUCCACCACUGAGCCUUUGCUUAUUGGGCAAUUGAGCAUGAAUAAUUUUCUUGUCAGUCUCGAACAGCUGGACAGGACUUUUUCAAACCCUGGUCAGUUCAUAGAGAUGCAAUUGAAUGUGUGCUAUUUGAUCUCAUUCUGUUCAUUUCACCCUUUCAGAGACCCGUGUACCAACUAUAGGAACAAGAAAACCUGCUGCUACUAAGAAAAAAGGAGUAAGUUUAUGGGGUAUUCAUUAGGCGUCCGAGAUCGUAGAAUUCUCCGUUUACUAUGCUUAAUUCUCUGGCUAACGUUCAUAGCUUAAGACUAUGUUUACUCAGAUGUGGGCCUCUUUUAAAAUAUUCUCCUGUAAUGUUACACCUUUCUCCUGCUACUAAAAAAAAACCCUGAGUUCAACUUGACAAAUAUUCAGAAGAGGUAUUCAGGGCUGUCACUAAGGAACAGAGGCCAGGAAAUUCCCCCUGGUUACUAUGAGCUUGGCCCCCGGCUUCUUCUUAGGAAACCAAAGGAAAAUAGAGCCGAAAGGACUCCCUACCUUUUAAAUUCCCUGCUUGUUAAUCGCAUAUACCCAGCAGCUUUACUUCUUAGCGUCAGCUGUGGGUGUGAGAUUCUUUCAACACCAGAAACUCUCUAGUAAAGAUCUUUCCAUUCAAAGCAAAAGAUUUUAAACUUAAUAAUAUUUCCUCAGGGAUGUCGCUAAGAGCCGGCUGGCAACUAAUUUGACCAGCUGAAAAAGAGCUUACCACCGGCUCAAAUUGCUCUGGAAAACAAAGACAAGGAGUAAUUUUGAAGAUGCAGUAGAGUAAAACAGCCGGCUUGACUAAUGAAAAAGCCGGCUCAUCUGUUCCUUAGCUACAUCCCGUUUCAUUGCCCAUCUUCUUUUUCUUUUAAAUCUCUCUCCCAUGAAAUUUUAACAUAUGGAAUAUUGUAACUAUUAUUUUAUUAAUUUGAUAAUGUGUUUUUAGCUUGGAGCAAAGAAAGGAGGUCUUGGAGCCACCAAGGUAUUAAACAUUGUUUCUUCUUCUUCUUUUUUUUUUCUGAUAACCACUAUCUAUCAAUUUAGAACUCUGCAUACCUGUGAUUGCCAAAGACAGAAACUUCAUUAAUCUUGUUUGUAAAUAAUGUGUCUGUAAGUCAAACCUUGUGCUGUGACAUGAGGGAGUUAAAAGUGCUUUAUUUUCCACGCAGGUGAACACAAACUUCAGUGAGCUUGAAUCAAGAGCUCAGCAAAUGGAUAAAGACAAGGAAAAGGCAGCACUUGUUAAUGCGAAGGAAGCAGAAGCAGAGCUCAUGUCUCCAAACCUGGCCUACAAUCCAACUAACUUCAAGAAAGAAGAAGAGAAGCUUCGGCAUAGUGAUCCCAAGAAAGCAGCCCAGCUGGAGCGUUUGGGGAUGGGCUUGGGUGGGGCCAAGACAAAAAGGGGUACAACCCAAUCUGGCAGAGGUCAUUCUGCAUCUGCUGCUAUGGAGACCGUGGAGCAAGUGAAACCCACAAGCACGCAGCCUUCCUUUGCUGACAGGCUCAGGGUGUCUUCAAACUCAAAUGUAGAUUUCUUUGACAGGUAAACCAGAAGUUGAUUUAUUUAUUCGAUUUUCAACACAGUGAUAGAGGAUGAAACAGGACUUGUAUCGCUAGUGAGAGUCAUCAUCCCAUUGAAUACCCACUCAACGUAUGAAAGGUUGACAACACUGUUUCCUCUUUGCACUUCCCACAAGCAGGGCUGUGUUUGCCCUGAAUUUUGAAGAGAAAUUCAUUGAAAUUGGUGCGCAGCUUUCUUUGAUGGCCUUACUUCCCUUUGGCCAAAUCAAAUUCUUCUAAAUCUAUACUUAGGUGCAAAUGGUUUUUGAUUCCUUUGAUUUCCUUGUAGCUAUGGCAUGGAUGGCACAAGUUUUACUGAACCACCCCCAAUGUAAGUGUCAUUAUUGUAGCUUGUCUUUUUACCUCUCAUUGUGGUCCUCCUUAUAACAUUCAUGUAUUCCAAGAAAGUAAAUUUAAAACAUAAUUGAUGCCUUAUAAAUGGGAGCUUAAUAGGGCAAUGCCACGUUAUUUGUCAUCUUUGAAUAAGCUAAAACUUGUCGUCACAUCAUUUGAAACUGUUUCCUGUCAUCUGAUGCUACAGAUGGCAAGGAUGGAAAUGGAUUGAAACUUAAAUUGUAAUCUAAAGUGUAUGAUGGUUGUGCUCCCUGAUUAAAUUUGUUGGAAGGGCUGGAGAGCUGGAUGUUUCCACUAGUGGUGUAACGAUUAAUCAAAUUCUCGAUUAAUCACGAUUAUGACCACGUUUUGAUUUUGCUUCGAUUUUUGCAUACCUUUUCAAGGGUGCCCUCAGUGAAUUAUUUUAUUGUAAAAUCAGAAUCCAGAACUCUUUAAAAUGUGCAUUUUUGAUUGACGAGCAAAGACAAUAGCAGUUCGUGUACCAUUUUGUGUUGCCUGGUAAAAAUACUGUCCUUCAACCACCCCUUGAGAAUUUCCAAAUAAGGCAAACCAUCUUUGUCAGGUUCUCAAACAUGGUGACGAACCAGGCGACUGUGAAUCCUCCUGUCCCUGUUACUAUUCUCAAAUUGAGGGUGUAGGGUUGCAUGUUGUUGACAUUACACGUUAUGUUAUAAGAAUUAAGAAACAUGUACAUAAUCGAAUCGAAAUAAUCGAAAUCAAAAGACAAUAAUCGAAAUCGAAUUGAGUCGCAAGGAAUAUGAAUCGUUACACCCCUAGUUUCCACUGGCUACUAUGAAUGUGAUCCCUGGCUAUUUUCAUAGGCAGAUAAGAGAAAAAUAAACCUAAAGAAAUCCAUAGCAGUUUGAUUACCCGCCAACUUGAUGUAUUUACCAACAACUUGAAAUCUUAGCAACAGCCCUGCCAAUACUUCUAAAUGUCAAUUUGAUCUGGAAGAAAUGAGCUCGUGCAAUGACCAGUACCACCACUCACGAAAACAAAAUUUAACUGGUUAUUAAGCAAAGUAAUAAAUUGAUAAUAUUUGCAUUGUCUCUGCAGGUAUGACAGUCCAUUUGGAUCAAGCUCUUGGGAUAGAGAUAGAGACAGGUAUUUGACUUGCUUAUACGUACACAGUGUAAUAAUUUCCUCUAAACUGAACAAAAUUUAUGUUGAAUGUGUUGAACUUGUCCAACUCCACUAGACAUCACAAGUUCUUGCUGAAAAUCUUUAAACCUGUAACCCCUCAAAGUGAUUUUCAUAUAAAUUCUGCAAAAUACAUCUCUGCUUAAUAAAAUUUGUGUACUUUUUGCACCUCAGUUUUGAACCAGAUGUAUUUUUGCCUCUGGCUAAAAAAAUAACCUAUAAGAACACUUUAAGUUAAACUGGUAGUUGAUCUAUGUCAUUUGUGACAUUUUGAAAGGGCUAGUCAUUACUUUAACUUUGGUGGGUACUGGUGUACAUUGUACAAAUGCAAACUUUAUAUUUUGUUUAACUCAGAGAUGAAUUAAGGUCGUCAUUCUCCAGUGAAAGGCGGUCCAGUCGUGAAGAAAGGUAAGGUGACUUUUAUCUCCAUUCAAGGUUUUUUUAUGUCAUGAUGGGAAGAAGCAACUGUAAAUGAUAAGAUAAGUUAAUAACUACUGUUGGUAGUACAAAAAGCGAAAAAAAGUGAAAAAUUACAGCAAGGUAUCCACAACAACAAAGGCCAAUGUAACUAUGGUCCUGAUUUGUAAAAAGCAGUAAAAAUAACUGUAGAAGGAUACACUUAACAGCAUGUUAUUUGAUGAGCAAGACUAUGGGAACAGUUGCAUUUAAGACAAGCUAAUUAAUUAGUUAUAAUUAGUUAUUUUUUUUAAUAUCAUAAACUGUUUAUUUUCUUUUCUUUAUAUUUUGGUGGUUUGAUUAUUGAACUUUGUUGUCACAAUAUUUAGGUCUAACAGAAAAAAGGAUAUGAAUCCUGUAGACAUGUCAUCAUCAGGUAACAGACCUUCAGCUGUAGUUAAAGGAUAAUUUUAGUAGGACAUUAUCAUUUUUCUUCCAUGCAGGAAGUUACCACUGAAACUUACUGCCUGCUACCAUCUUCAACUAUUAUAGUGUGCAGUGAAAAUCUUCUUUACAAUAACCCCCUUGCCCCCUGUUUAAAGUAGUUGUAUAUAAAUUGGGUGAGGUGAGGCCUCCGUAUCCAAAAUUCAAAUGAGAAAACUUCACUUAAGAAAUCAGUCUUCUGGCAACCUAUAUCAAAAUAACUACAGUCUAUAUGCAUAAACAUCUGGAAUUUAACAAUGCCUGCGUGAUUAAAACGUAUUAGAUUGCAGUAACUGUAUAAUAGCAGUCAUAAAAACAAAGGAAGGUAAAAUCAGUGACAUCAAAGCAAAGAGCAAGAAUAUAGUUGCACAAAAGCUAAUUGUAGUACUCAAUUCAUUUUCUGUUUUUUCUUCUGCAACGCAACUAAGCUUAAGGCGGCUCCAUCAUUAAUACAGGUGCAUUGAGCUAUGCUGAACUUUGCAAAGAACAACAUGUUAUUAUUAUAUCAUUCAACAAUAAUUGAAAUAUUCCGAUUUCGCUGCGAGUAAAUAUUUUUUGCUAUUAAAAAAAAUAGCUGAUAUUUUUUACUGAAAUUUCUGGUGUUGGUUUUUAUUGAUAUCAUAAACUUGUGAGAGAAAUUUCGGAGAAAUCAUUGAAAAUCACCUGUAACUAAAGUCGUUCAAAAUUUAGCUUUGAAAUUGUUUCGGAAUUUCAAAAAACAAAUUGCUCUGAGGUUUGAACGAGCCACCCAUUUGAAUUUCCGGAACAAGUAAUUCCAGUGUCUGCUUAUUCUUAAAACCAAAACUGAUUGACAAUCGGGCUGUUCUUUAAAAGGUACUCUUUAGUUUUAGAAGCACUAUAAAUUACUCCAAACUUUGCUCUGAAAUCAAACGACUUGUUCCUCUACAUUUUUGAAAUAUCUCUUCGUAGUUUUGGCUGAAACUUGUGCUACAUACGUUCUGAUGUAUUUCACUGUAUCUUUAACUGCUUUUACUAUUGGUUUUGUAAGCUACCUUAGAACUCAGAUAGAAAUGUCGAGCAUCUUUGUUUAUGAAUACAAAAUGAGCACAGGUGGAAGAUCUGCAAGGGAUUUGUACCUUGCCCAGGAGGUACAAAAUGACAGUGAUGCCCAUGCCGGCGUAUAUAAUGUGUAUAAUAUGUAUAAUAUGUAUAAUAUGUAUAUUGCAAAGCAAAAUAUGGUGAUCAAGAAAAAAUACUACCUAGUCACUGAAAAGUUGUUUCAGGAACCAACAUACAGUGUUAAAACAACCAGAUUUUACUAUAUUAUUGUGUCAUUCUGCUUGUGCCCUAAUCAUGUUUAUCUCUACAGGUGAAGCUCAGAGAAAGUUUGGAAAUGCUAAGAGUAUUUCUUCAGAUCAGUUUUAUGGCAACAGAGACCAGGUAAAGUCAAUUGUCCAGGUGCCAAGCAUUGUAUUGUAGUGGGUACUCUAAAGUUCAAAAGAAGCCUAAUUUUUUGUUGCUAUUUUAGCAACAUUGAGAAAAAGUAGCGGUGUAGAAAAAUAAAUGUGCACAUUAAUCACCUUCAGUAUCAAGCACUGAAAAAAUAGUUUUAUUGUUAAAUUCUCCACCUGAGGCAAUGCAGUUUCCAGCUUUCUCAUUGUUCACUUGAUCUUGGAUGUUGGCCACAAUACAUAUGGUAAAUUACAGCAGCAAAUGUUGUUUAGUUUAAAAAUCUCCAUAUUAUAUACCAGCGCUCCAUUGUAGAGUGAAACACAAUGAUAACAGUUAUAACAUUUAUGCUUGGACAUUUUGGCAAAAUUACAUCACAGGUGAAUAUUAGACUUAAAAAUUUUGUGAUGAAAUGUUAGCUUAAAAAUCUUCAAACCAGCACUCUAUUGUUAAGUGUAAAACUUAACAGCAAUAUUUGCGGAGUGAUUUAUACUCGGAUGUUGUGAUAAAAUGACAUUACUGCAGAAAGAUGACUCAAAAUUUGAUGGCACUUGCCCUGUUAUUGAUUAAGAGUUUUAUCUUGUCUUUGAUUGUAGGAGGAGUAUGCGGUCAAGUCCAGACUUGAUCGCUUUCAAGGUUCCAGCAGCUUGUCUAGUGCAGAUCUAUUUGGAAAUGAUGAUGGGCGGUCUUCAAGAUCAAGUAAGGAUCACUCAUUUGCUGAGCAUUUACCCCAGUUAACCCUAUGAAUAAGUAACAGACAGAUUUUAUGAACAGCUAACACAAUGUAACAAAACCUAAUUUAUGUUGUUUAACAUAAUAAGCAGUCAUUGACCCAAACGUUUGGAUGCUUAUCUUUCUUUAAGGUGCUUCUGGUAGCUUUUCAUCUGCAGAUCUCUCUCAGCUUAAAGAUGGAGUGGCUAGGGUAACUGGGAAGGUGAGAAUUGAGUCACUUACAUUUUAUCAUAGCAAAGACCUUACUCUUUAAAACAGCCUGUAUGAAGAAACAUCAAUCCUUUUGGCAAGAAGUAGUGUAUCAUUCAUCAAAAUGACAUCUUAGCUAACUUACUUACUUUCAGCAUACUAGCGUGAGUAUUGUUUUGGAAUUACCAGUAGCUCUUGCCAUGCCAAUGAAGCUAAGGCAGCCCAGGCUCAGUAUGAGAGUUGAAUCAUUAAUAUGUAUGGUAUCAUAUUUGUGUUAUCUUCAAAAUGGUUGUGAUUACAAAGGAUUUGUACGGGAAUUCAAGUAACAGAUUCAAGAAGAUAAGAAAUUGAUAAUAUUUACUGGAAUUUUUUAGUUAAAUAAGGUAAUGAGUGUGUUUUUAUUGAAAAUUCCAGUGUGUAUUUAUCUUCUUGAAUCUAUUAUCUGAAUUCCCAUACAAGUCCUUUAUAACCUGGACAUUUUGAGGAUUUUACACCCCCCCUCCCCUCCACCAUUAAGGGGUGAGGUAUGGCUGAGUGGAAAUUCAAUGGUUAAAUAUUAUUGUAAGGCAACACUCGAAUUUGCACAUAAGGGGUUGGAUAAAUCAAGAAAAACUCUCCAUGUGGGGAGAUAUUCCAGGUUUUAUGGAUACAGUAGAACCUCGAUUUAACGAACCUCUAUAUAACGAAGUCCUUGGUAUAACGAAGGAUUUUCUUAACCCCACUUAUACUACUAUAUGAGAAAUUUCUGCAAUUCGACUGGCUUAGAGCAGUGGUAUUUCAGCUUAAUUUGAAAUACCUACAUGACUGUGAAAACCACAAAACCUUUACGGGUAGUACUAUAAACAAAUAAUAGCAUGAUUUGUACAUGAUAUUUGGCAUAAAUACCACUCGCGUUAUUUCAAAAUUUUCCCAAGGCAGUUUCACUCGCCUAACGGCUCGUGAAAUUAAAUAUAACAAUUUCGAAAUAUCACUUGUUGUAUUUAUGCCAAAUAUCACUACAAAUCAUGCUAUUACCUAUAUUGUUAUGGUAAAGAACCUCGAUAUAAUGAAACCUCCUUAUAGCGAACAUGUUAACAGUGCCUUGGCCCUUCAUUAUAUGGAGGUUCCACUGCAGAUGAAAAAAACUGAAUUUUUCUUUUAUUUUUUCUUUUCUUUCAUUUCAGUUGUCAAGCAUGGCUUCAGGGGUUAUAGGAACAUUACAGGUAUUAUUGUAGUUUUUUUAUUAUUUUAGUCUUAUUUUUCCUGGUAUAAAUGGCCCUAUUGUGUCUUAUCUGAAGAUAAUUUCUUUGAUAUUUUCAGAAUCGUUACAGUGGAUCAAGUUGAAGAUUGCUGCCACCUUAGUAAAUGACAAAUUGAAGAAUUCUUCAUCUUAAUUGAUUUUACAGGGUUUUGUAAACGAAAUAGAAAACAUGUGUACUUUCUCUCCUAAUUGAGUGGGGGCUUCACCUCUGCCAUUAACUAUUUAUCUUCUCUCUUAACAGAAUUAGUUUUCUUUGUGGGAAGUUAUGGAAAUAGUAAUCAAAAUUUAUUUUAUUUUAUCCUGGAGCAUCUCACGUGUAUGGGAAUACGUGAUGAACAUAGUCACAUGAUGACAACUUUUUCUCUCUCUCUCUUAACUUUGGUGUGUUCUUUCAAAAUUCAACUUGAGGAAAAUGCCUGCAUUUGACACACUCAGUGAAUUGGAGUAAUUGCACUGAAGUUUAUGAAUGUGAAUUCACUUUUUUUCAGGCGUUUUCAUUGUCGUGGUAACCUCCCUAAUGGCAAUACACCUUAAUCCAAAAUGGCAGCAAUAUGUGUUUGAUAUUUGUUAAUUAUCCCUCUUUACCUCGAUUACACCUGUGGAAUUGAAAGAAAUUUCUCCUUGAAACGGUCCAUUGAGGGUAAAUUAUCAAAGGCGAAAGGAUAACAAAAUUUGUUGCCAUUUUGGAAUAUGAGUGUUCUGUGUAAUUAACAUUUCUUUCAAUGCAGUGACGGUAAUAUAGAUGACGUAUAAGGGCUGUUUAAAUUUCAAACAAUUUGGGUAACGUUUACUAGUCAGAGAAGGAGAAAAUAAUUAUUUUAGACUAAAUUGUAGGAAAAGAUUGAAGCAAUUAAACAAUUUACGUGUCUUCAGGGUUCGCACAGUCUUGUAAAGUCCUUGAAUUUUAGGGGGAGUCCUUGAAUUCCAUUUUUCCUUGAAAAGUCCUUUAAUUUCUGUGCAAGUCCUUGAAAAGUCCUUGAGUUUUCUUCAACUUUGAAUGUAAUGGCCUGGAAAGAGAUUUUUAAUGCUUUUUGGUUGUUGGAGACAAUAUAAAUCAUAGCUCAGAGAAUUUAAAGGUUAUUUACAUGAAGUGCUGUAUGUUUUAUGCAAUAAUUAGUUAUCAAUUUAAGACAAGUGAACUGAAAAAUGCAUAGAAGUUGGUGAAGCAAACAGUUCAAGCCUGGAAGUCUUGUUAGAAUAGACUGGGAAUGUGCAUUUUUGUACAAUCUGUGAAAUUAUAUUCCUAGUAGGUGGUACUUGAAAAACCAAUGUGGUCCUUAAAAAGUCCUUGAAAAAUCAGUGGUUGCAAUUUUUUGUGUGAACCCUGGUAUUGUUUGAAAGGAAAAUACAAAAAAAAGUAAGAAUUUCAAGUCCUUCCUGUUUCGAUUCAGAUUGAAUAACGUCUUUAGUUAACUAGCUCUUUAUUAGUGUCCCUAUAGAGUCAGAGGUGAGUGGUUGCUCUUGAAAUUCUUCAUCUGUUUAUUGCAAAUUAUUGGCCUUGUUGUGAACGCAUUCACUUAAGGGCCAUUUUCAAUCUUUAAAUGGUUUCGUGUAAAAAAAAGUCAAGCAAAUGUAUUUUGGUACUUUGUGGAAUGCUGUAUUUGCGUAUACCUUUUUUUGGGUUAGCUAAAGGAGACCCAGGAGCAGCUUUUUUGUUUAUGUUGCAAAGUUCUGAUCGGUUAGACGUUUGCUGUUGUGUGCUCAGUGCCCUGGUGCCCGCUUCUCAAAAGUCCCGAAAAGCUGUUUGCCGUGUUUGCAUUCAAGAACAAAGUUUCAAGAAGUAUGAAAAUGGUACAAUGAAACUAUCAGUUAACGAGGCAAAAUUGACCGGUUUGUGAGCUAGAAACUGUGCUACUAUUCAAAAGGGUUUUGAUUUCAAAAUUUGUCUUCGGACGCGGUCCUUUCGAGAAACGGGCCCCUGACUAGAGGUUAACUUGUUUUGUUAUAAACCUUCCAAUUUUUCACAUGUAGAACGAUGAGGUUAACGGGCUUGUUAGGAUAACACGAUUUGCACAUGAAGGGGAAGGUUUGUAGUACAAGGCCACCAUCAGCCUCGCCUCUAUUCAAAGGAAAGGCCACUGAGCUUACGACUGUAAACUGACAAACCGUUUUUGGGCGAAGCAACCACAACUUGGUCUCAUAUAUCUCAUAUUAUUAUAUAAAAGCAUACUUUAAAACUACGUGCUGUUUAAUAUAAAAUGUAAACGAAUGAAAUAUUUUAAAUUAAGAUUUUGGUUUAAGUUCUUUUGGAAUCAACGUCUUAUUUGAAAAAGGGCGAAAACGCCCUGUGUUCCAUCUUGGAUUCAGUUUUUAACCCUUUUUAAAAGGUUAAAAACUGAAUUCCAAGAUGGAACACAACUCCCAAGCCCACAGCUCCAAAGCCCCAAUAUCCAAAUGCAAAUUCUCCAAACUGAUCUCCAUACAUUUCCUUGAAGAAUUAGUUAACAGAAUUGUUCGUAUAUCAAAGCUUUUCCCAUCAGGUGAUUAUUUUAUUAAUUCUCACAACAUUUUCCCUUGAUUAUAUAUUGAUUUUUAGGGAGAAAAUUGACUUUGGUCAUUCUUGGGACUUAAGGGUUAAAGGGGCUAUGUCACGAGGAUAUUGCUGUUUUGGGUCAAUUUUGUGCUGAAGGUAUUACUUUUUUCCUUUACCCGACACAAAAUGCUCCUGUAGAAGAUAUCAAACAUGUUUCAUCAAGGUGCACUAACCAUAAUAAUUUUUAGGUGACUUUUGUAGGCGUUGCAUUAAAACUUGUAAAAGUUAGCCCAACUUUUUCAAAUUUCAUGUCCAAGAGGUUAUAUUACCACGCUCGGAGAGAAUUAAGCAAAAAUGUUAUUCUUAAGGUCUUAGAAGUGUCAAGAAAUUUUGCCAGAAGUCGGGAAAAGGUAGUAGAUCGAAAUCCCAUCAACUGAUCCUGCAAAAGAAGCUAAAACUGUGUAUUGCAAUUUCGGUGAAAAUUUUCGUUCUUAUCAGUGUUAGCCCCACGAUACUUUUAAAUACAUGUUUUGCCCAAAUUUUUGGAACGAAAUUAACCAUGUCUCAGUUGAAUCAAUGUAUCCUUUAGAAGUAUAAGGUUAUUUUAGAUCAUUUAGGACAAAUAUUGCAGGUUUUGUGGUGUGCAGGUACAAAUGUCGGACCAGAUCGACUCAUUACAUACAGGAAAAACAAUGGAACAAGCCUCUGUUUCAAAGCGAGGCUAAGUGCGAAUCCUAUUGAUAUGAAAAUGAGUUUUUAUUCUCAUGCAAAUGACACUCAUUUUCACAAGAAAGGUUUUUCACUUAGCCUCGUUUUCAAAGUGAGGGUUUUUGUAACAUUGUCUGUUAAGUAUGUAAAUGAGCUAAUCCGGUCCGAGUAUUGUUCCUGCCUUUUUGUAGUUGUUGUAAGAAAUGGAAAUGUGACCAGGAGUCAAUUUAAUAAAACUUUAACAAGUGUAGCCACUGUUUUAGGGUCUGAAAACAAUAGCUACACUAGUAAAUUACAUUUGUAAAAGUCUUCUUAAACUGACCCUCUGGCCAUGAAAAGACUUGCAGCUUGGAAAUGGUAUAACGCCUGUAACAUAACGCAGAACGGGAAGUGGAAAUAAAGAUUUGAUAACUAUGUAUAAAGUAGUCGUUAUUGUGCAAUGAAAAAUAGCGUCGACUUUUCUUUGUAUUUUCAUUAGUUGGUCCUCAACCGUUAAGGGGAGGCGGGGGCUAAGGGAUGGGGCACCCUGAUAUUGAAAGUGCCCAUUUUUGCAAAGCCGGCUGGUUCUUCUUAAAGAACCGAGUAGGCAUGGGACAGCAAAACUGGAAGACAGCUGGUGAUCCUUACAUGACAACAUUGUGAUUCAGCAACGCCUUUCAUUUUAUUGUUGAGAGCAAGAUUAUUAAAUCGAAUGCGAAUUAAUAGGCACGUUGCUUGUUCCCUUUGCUUUGACAUGUAAGAAUUCUACAUUUGAAAAAAUGGGGAAUUGCCUCGAUUGCUUAAGUCCACAACCAGAAGUGGAAAAUCCUGAUCCAGUGAGUAUUAAUGUCGUUGCUGAUCUGACAGUCCAAUGAAUCAGAACCAUGCAUAUCGUGUGAAAGUUUUUUUAUGCUUACGCUAAAGUAAGAACUUAAAUUUAGGGCUCACUUUUGAUUAACCAAUUCUAAAAAAUACCCUAUAUCAAAAUAUAAUUUUAGAGCUUAAUGAAAAAAUAUUUUAAAAAGCUUAAAGAAACAAGCAAAAAAAUGGUGGGAAAGGUAUUGAUCAGAUCUGUCAGGUUUUAAGAUACAUCAUCACCCGGCAUGUACCUAAGUUAAAAUAAAAUAAAGCUUACUCUGUAUUUUUUUAUCUCUCUUACUCGCUCUCACGAAAAAAGAAAUCUUUGUCAAAACUCUCCUACCCUUAUCCAUUCUGAUUCUAAUUUCAAGUUGUGUAUUAUCUUCAAAGGGCAUGACCAUCACGACAGUAUGAAAGGGAAAUAAUGUGCGUGUUAUUUUAUUGUACUUUCAUUGUAGUUACUGUUAUGUUAAGCCUUGGGACUAUUAAAAAGAAAUUACUUUCUGCAUUUCAGUUAUCUUUGAUGCAAUAGACCUUAUUCACGACCCGCCAUCUUUGCACACGCUAAAGGACUGAUGGGAAAAGAGCAAUGUCACAUGGUUUCUCAGGGGGCAAACAAAAUAAUGAUAAAAGCUGCCAAUACAGGAAAUCGCCAUCGAGUUUGUUUAUGUUAUCAAAACAAGACAAUUACCUUAGUGUAGCAAAAGUACAUUUUGAGUUUCGACAACAUUUCAGGGCUGUGCUCUAGCAGAGCCCGGUGGCCCCUGGCGCCUAACUUUUGCCCCCGGGCGACUAGAAAGUCUCAGAUUUUUCAUACAAAUCAUAUGCUGAGUACCCUAGAUUUUACAGUUUCAGAGCACUGGGCUCCCUUCAAUUUUCCUUAGAGCACAGCCUUGCAUUUACGUCAUUAUUGUUUGCUGGGAGGACAUCUACAGUCACUACAGCAUCCAGAGUAGUAACAAUGAUUACUUCUACCCAUAAUUUGCCAUUAUCGUCUUUAUUAUAUGAAAAGUUCUUUAUUUUCUAUUGUCUAGAGUAAACAAACUCGACAGCGAUUUCUUGCAUUGGUAGCUUUUAUUUUGUUUGCCCCCUAAGAAACCACGUGACAUUGCUAUUUUCCUACCUGUCCUUAAGCGCAAGCAAAGAUGGCGGAAGUCAUGAAUAAGGUCUAUUCUUGUAUUUUUUUGUAGGAAACUAGAAGGCGUCAACAAGAGGAGGCUGCAUUAAGACGGCAACAACAAGUGAGAGAGACCAUUAUUCCGUAGCCUGGAAAACAGCCAUCUCUCCUUGUUGCUCCUCCCACCUCUAGGCACACUUGCCAGGAAAAGGGACAUCUGCUCGUCAGCGACAGAAAUUCCAUACUGAUGAUGUAAAUUAUUGUUUACAUAAUAAAUCUGAUAGUCAUGGGCUUCCAAAUGUAAAUCCGUUUGAUUUAUGUUUCUCCUGGUCGAUUAUGGUAAUUAAAGUGUUUGUUUUCUGCUGUGAACGAGCUCCAGCAAAUCACAAAUGUUUCUUCUACAGAGGAAUGUAUUCCACAAAUAUUGACUGUUUGGUAGUAGACUCAGUGGUUUACAUUAUUUUGCCUUUUGUCACUGUUCGUCUGUCAAUAAAUUUAUCUGUCAUUUCUUAACAAAACAAUAUAACUAUGCUGUUGAUCAAUCAGAGCUCUGACCAGAUUCUGAACAGAUUUUACAUCAUCAAUAUGGAAUUUCUGUCACUGCGACACAUUCGUCCCUCCUGGUGAAACGUCCCGAGUGAUGAAGAGCGAGGAGAGGCAGCUGUUUUCAUAGGCUAAUUAUUCUGGUAUUUCAGUAUCCAACACUGAUUUACUGUUUUCUGGCAUUAUACAGCAUCAGCAUCGGAAAGAUUUCAGAGAAUAUCGCAUGCUGCAUGGGAGUUUGAUGUUGUGCUAAACUCAAGACAAUAGGAAGUCCCAGAGCCAAAACUUAGCCAGAUAUAUGACAUCGCUUUAAUAUUUACUCACUUUUUUGCCCAUAUAAGACAACUGUAGAAGUUUUCAAUCGACACGAAAUUGAGGUAUUUAAUAGUACACAGAUCAAUUACUGUACUAAAAAAGUUUUUAAAAAAUUGAUUUUGAAAUUGCUGUUUUCAUGAAAGUAGCCUUAGAAUUGCAAAAACAGCUCAGCAUUGCAUUUUACCCUGAUUUAUACAUUUUCAUGUGUUUCUUAAUCGCGCAAGUGUACUUGCGUUCAGCGGCUUCUAGCCCUUUUCGGAAACAUGCAAAAAGUAGCAAAUUUGUCUGUAUUAAGUCCAGUCUUCAGUGCAUGCAUAACUUAUACCCUUUUUAUAGAAAUUCCAAGAUAUCUUGAAAUUCCUCUUAGGGAUUUUUUUGAAACUUCACACAGCAGAAGACAUUUAUCCAAAGAAUACAUAGCAUAAAGCAUUUCAAAAGAAAUUCGAUUUAGAGCUAAAACCAUUGUGACGUCAUUGCCAUGUGACAUUUAUUCCAAUCGCCCAAAAAAUAAUACUAUGAUAAAGUUCAUUGUAUUAGUAAAUCCAUGUCAUAAUCAUUUGCAAUACAGAUCGAUUUGUUUAAGUAUAAGAGAUUCAAAGAUGGAGGAUGUGCCUAUGAAAUACUGGGUUGAGCCACCUUAACACUAAGUAGUCUGCAAGUGGCCAUGCAAGGGCUGAUCCAUACUCGUUUGCCUUUUGGGAUUUCUGUAAUUAUGUGGAUGUGGACUAUGCCUGUAUGUACAAAUUAUGUUAUUUUUGCAACGAAAAUAAAUUUAAGUAGGUUGAUUGAAUUAUGUCAUCAUAAAUAUUUACUAGUAAUUAGUAUCAUAUUUUUUAUUUUAAUCAGUGUUACCACCUUUUACAAUAAUUAAUUAUAGCAUUACCUUGGCACAGUUUGGAUUGAAGCUGAAAUCAACUCCAAUGACUAAAUUCUUGUGAAAAUUUUGAAAUCAAUUCCAAAUGAUUUCUGUAAAUUGUUCCGGGAGUCCAAGAUUAAACAACAUAUCUACCUUACUGGCCAUUUUUCCAAAGUCCAAUGCAUGUGAUUUUUCAUACCCUUAUUUAAGCGAAUUUCCAAAAAGAAACCGACUACUGAACUUUACCAAAGAUUCCCAAAAAUGUUCCUAGAAUGUAGUGGUGGGAAGCACCAAAUCUUAGUGCCGUCCUGCCAAGAUCAUGCAUAUCAUAGGAGAUUACAGAGGGGAGGUAUCAGGAGCCCUUAGCUAAUGACUUAGGAUUCCGAUGUGACAUUGAUCACCAUGAUUAACUGGACUAUUUUGGGUAGAAAUUGAAUUCACCUUCUCACAUUAAUGGUCACUGAACAAGUCAUCCGGAGUUAAGAGUAAUGCAUGUGAAAUUGUUCUGUAUGCAUGUGGUUGACCUUUUGGAUUCACAGGUGUGUGACACACACUUAAUGCAUGUGAGCUGGCAGGUUAUACUUAAUCAACCCUUGUCUGUUGUGUUUAGGCUGAUAGUCGUGGAGUUAAAGAUCCAGAGAGACUUAAAAGACAGCAGAAAAGAAGAGAGGAAGCUGAGAAACAAGCACUAAAACAAGGCCCAUCAGAGGGAGGAUUGAAGGUGAACAUUGAGACUUUUCGUUUGUUUUUUUAUUUUCCAUACUGUCAUCUCUUGAUAUGAAAUCAAUCCUAUCACUUUUUGUAUUAUAAUAAUAAUGAUAAAUUAUAAUAAUUAUAAUAAAUGUAAUUUAGCACAGCUGACCUCUUCAGCAUAAAAUGCUGAUAUCAAUGCGGGCCCGGUGGGAAAAAAAAACAACUGGCCUAAAUUAUAAUUGUGCAUCACAAACCAACUUUGCAUUCAGUAUCUAUUUCAAGAGUAGAUAUACUGUCAACCCUUUGCACAUGACACAUGUUUUCACUAGUGACACCUCACUCAAACCUCAGAUACCCUAACUGUCUUGAAAACUCAGACUCAAACUUUGUUUGCCAGUUACAGUGCGAAAACUGCAAAAACUAGAAAUAUCUCAGGAAUGUUUAUUGUGUUAUGACCAAUCACAGCAAAGAUCAGGACAUGCAAACUAUAGCCACAAAACCACAAACUGACGUUCUUGCUUGCGGUUCAGUUUUUUCACGCCUGAUUGGCCUUUUUCUUGCAACACAAAAACAUUCCAGAAAUAUUUCUGGUGUUCACAGUUUGCCCUUUGGAAAAGUAGUCCUCAAACUGGGGCAGUUGUGUUUACGUUUCAGUAAUAUUAAUAGAUUCGCCGGGGCCUUCGCCCAAUGGGUAAGUGAUCAGUUUCAAUUUUUUUGAGCCCAGUUUGUUCUCCUCAUUAACUAGAAGGGAGACCAGCACAGAGAAUAUUCUUUUCGGUAUCAGUGCUGCAAAAGGUUAAAAAUUAGAAGCUGUCUUUAUGUUAAUGAUGGAGGUAAUAAUAUUUUAAUCUGACUCUUUUUCUCCUUGCAGUGGACUGUUGGCUGAAAGAGGUUUGAAUCAAAUCUCUUUGGAUAGUAUAAUUUAUUUUUAAUUAAAGAAAUCUUCAAAAUUCAGCAUAGUAUAAAAUAAUUAUUCCUCUCAAUAAAAUAGUCAUGCAUUGCCAUGUAUGUAGGACAAGUUAGUUAACACAACUGUAUCCUAAGAAAGACUAGUGUAAAAGAUAUAAAGUGCAGUCAAUUUGGUAGGCACCAGUAAGCCAGUAAACUGGUGUUUGAAUUCUCCUUCUUCUUCAAUAUAAUUAUUUGAGGGUAAUCUUUUCACAUUAUUGCAGAUCAUGAAAUUACCAUAACUGGGGUAUUUUUCAGGCACAAACUGAUCAGCGAUAGUGUGUUGUAACAUUGCACUGGAUUUAAAGGGUAAUGUGCAAUUAUCACACCAUUGUAAAGGAUCCAAUUGGCUGCAAAGUAUUGAAAGUAUGUAAAGAAAACUCUCCUCUUUGCAGAAAAGAAUAGAACAGAUUGCAUAAGAAUAACUCGCAUGUGGGCAAUAAGAGAUUUUUAACUGAGAAGAGUGUUCAUUUUCUAUUCGCUUCUCCUAGUGAUGGGCUCCUGCUUCUCCCCAGUCUCCAUAGCAUCCUAUGACAUUACAAUCUUGUACCCAGAGUCUUCAGGCUUUUUACCCCUCUGACCAAAAAACCUGAAGAGUCUGAGUACGAGAUUGAUGACAUAGAGAAGCCUCUGCAGAAGGGACACUGGUGAAAAAUCAGUGAUGAUCAAUGAGUUUCUCCCUUGCUCAUUUUUGCACAUUUCAAAUUUCUUUGAACCUCAUUAUUGGCUGUGUAUAUAGUGAGGAUCUAGAGCUGGUAUAUCAUUCUGCAAUUGACUUCAAGUGCCCUUGACAAAUAGGGAUGUCCAUUCACUUAAAUGGCAUAAUAUUUUAUUUCUUUAUUCACCACUGCAAGUGAUAUUAAAACAGGGUGACAAAAUUUCCUCCAAUUACAAAAGUAAAUACGUGCGAACAAAUUUUCCUUUCUGAUUCUUCUUUAUUAACUCCAAUCUAUACAUUUCAUAAAAUUAAACUCCUCUUUGACUGAAUUUUAUUUUAGAAAAUAUAGAACAUCCUUGGUAACAAAAUUGUGCAACAGUACUAAUUUAUUAAAACAAGCACUUAUUUAUUAAAUAGUGAAGUUACUCAGAUGUAUUAAAUUUAUAAAUAUUAAAUUCCAAAUAUCAAUCUAAAGAAAAACAGCAUUGCUUUAAAAUCACAAACUUUGGUUCCUUAUAGGCAACAUUUUUAACAUCUUGUGUAGAUUAGUCAUGAUUUUUGCCCAUAAUUUUCAGCUGCAGUAUAACCAAAUACCACUGAUUAAAAUAAUAUUAUAUUAAGGCUGCAACACAACAGUAAAGUGUACUCAUGUAACAUGAGAUAAAUAUUGCCAGUUAAAAAAAUGUAUCACAACUUAUAUUCAUGACAAUAAAGUAGUGUUAUAUGCUGACAAAACAUAGUGGAAAAUGUUAUCCACACCAAAUUAAUACAUACUGAUCUGUUGUGAUCAGAUCAUGCUAGUGUGUUUUUUAUGGUAUUUAGCAAAUUGUGUCAUACCAACCCUUGACAAUAUUCAGGUAUCAAAUAUUUUCUAUUGGUUGCAAGAAAAAUGAACCUACAAAAUUUACAAAAGCACCUCAUAGUAAAUUAUCUAGUUAGUAUCAAAAAAAGGUUUUGUAAAAAUACCAACCCUGUGAGAGAGUUUCCAAACUAGGGUAUUAAGCUACCAAGUGAUACUUAGAUAAAUUUGGUUUUAGCUGGUUUGUCCUAUAUUUUGGAAAAGGUGUACGAUUUGAAAUAAUAGAAAUGUGUAUGCCAAAUUAAAGAAACAAAUCCUUUGGUGGAUAUGAACCUCGAAGAAUAAGCAUCUCUCUUUUCUUAUAAGCACCAAAUUUUGCAAAAAGAGUCCCCAACAUUUUUAAACUCCAUUUUUGAAUCCUUAUCAAGUUCCAAUAAUCAAAAUGGGACUCAAUUAAUUGACCACUGAUAAAAUUAACAUUAUUGAUGCAAUAAAAAUCUGUUCUUACCUGAUGUCUUUUAACUUUCCUAAAGUAAAUAACACUGUUUUACCCCUACAUUAAUUUCUGGACACAAAUUAUGACCUGCAAAAAUGAGAGAUAACUAACUUUUCGAAAAGCAAGACUAUUGUUAUGGAUACAUAAUGUUUGGAUUCUCUCUCCGCUCAAUUUUAAAACUAUCAGAGAUGCAUGUGUAUGGUGAAAAACUCUAUGCUGAGCAACUUUUCACUUUUUAAUAAAGGAAACACUCGGUGGCUUAAGAGAUCUCAGGCUGAGCUUUUUAAAAUGUGGAUUUUUUAAUGCUAUUCACUGCAUAAUCUCUAUUCAGUGGAUAAUGCAAUGGACUUUCCUAAUACUUAUCCUCUGGAUAGGGAUUUAUUCAGUGAAGGAGAUAUAAGCAGGUCAGCUUGUAAAUUUUCCUCAAUUUCAAUUUUUUAAUCCAACACUCAGCACUGUUUUUCAUCUGACAUCCAGAAACUUUCAAGGUAGCAGCUCUGUACCUCAUUUUUUCAACAUGUCUUGGUGUCUAUAUAUAUCGGAUGAAACACAGCAUCUUGUUUGAUUUCUUACAUCAGUACAUAUAAAAAGCAGUACUCUUGCAUGGUUGUAUUUCAUUUUUUAUACUACUACAUGAGAACUUUCUGCAAUUUGAUUGGCUUAGAGCAGUGGUAUUUCACCUUAAUUUGAAAUACCUACAUUUGAAAAUUACAAACCUUUUGCGGGUAGUAGUAUAAACAAAUAAUAGCAUGAUUUGUAUUGGCAUAAAUACCAUUAGUGAUAUUUCAAAAUUGUCUCAAAUUUCACACGCCUGAUGGCUUAUAAAAUUACGUAUAACAAUUUCGAAAUAUCACUCCUGGUAUUUAUCCCAAGUAUCUCUACAUAUCAUGCUAUUACCUAUACGAACGUACACAAUGAAAUUUUUCAAUAUUCUUCUUAAAAUUUUUCUUUGGCCAUCGUUGGCAAUUCAAUGAAAGGGUAAGUAUUUUGUUUUUAUAAGGUACCCAAAAAGUUAAAGUUAAAAUUAUGUGUAUGGUAUCAGUCUUUCAUGUUGAAGCAGAGCAUGCUGCCAAUCCAGCCAGUUGAUGAUGAUUAUGGUGGCUACAAGGCUGAGGUGAUGCUAUGA